UCCAAAGAAGGCAAAGUUUACUUGUUUAUCAACUUCACUAACAAUAUCUAUGUUUUGUUUAUGCCUCUUGAGAGAGUGCAUUUGAUUAAUAUUUUUUGUCAAAGCAAAAUUGAGUAUCAUUUAGCUCCAAGUGAGCAGCGAUUGAUGCCACCUGGGACAAAGUGGUACUAAUUCCAGAGAUCCUGCCUGAUUGGCCACAGACAGCAGGUGACAGGAGCACCUUCAGUGCACAACUCUACAGAUAUGAGGGAUCUAAUUCCUAAAUGGACUGAUAACCUGACACUGGUUUUGUGAUAUGAGCUGAUGGCAGAUGCGCUGAAAUAUUUCAGCACCACGGACAGCGGCAAGUCACUGGAAGCGGUGGAAAGGUAUUGGUGGGAUCUGUUGCGCACAGCAUGGUGACGUUGCAUGGGAAGGAAGGUAGCAGUUUGCAUACGCACGAGCUCCAUCCAGCCAUUAUUGAAGAGAAAAUCCAUUCUCAGCUUCACGUGGAGAAUAUGCAUCUUUUACACCAACAUGUCAUUAUUCUUCAAUAGUGGAAAAAGAUGGAGCUACACAUGGAAAACCAAAGUCAGCCGUUCAACACCAACACUGUGAGGCUGCCAGCUAAACCUAUACUGGGGGUGGGUGUAGAUAACUUUAUUUCUCUUCUGAUAUUUGGACUUAUCUUUAUCCUCGGGGUGCUUGGGAACACCAUGGUGAUCACGGUGCUGGCGCGCAGUAAACCGGGACAACCGAGGAGCACAACGAACAUCUUCAUCCUCAACCUGAGCGUGGCGGACCUGUCCUACCUGCUCUUCUGCGUCCCCUUCCAGUCCACCAUCUACAUGCUGCCCACAUGGGUGCUGGGAGCUUUCAUCUGCAAGUUCAUCCACUAUUUCUUCACCGUUUCCAUGCUGGUCAGUAUUUUCACUCUGUCGGCGAUGUCCGUGGACCGUUACGUGGCCAUCGUCCACGCCAGGAAAUCCUCGUCCAUCCGAGUGGGGAGGCAUGCCAUGCUCGGAGUGGUGCUGAUCUGGAUCUUGUCUCUGGCCAUGGCAGCGCCUGUUGCGCACUACCAGAGCAUCGUGGAGCGGGAGGACAACAGCACUUUCUGCUGGGAGGUUUGGCCGGAUCACCAGAGGAAGGUCUACGUGAUGUGCACUUUUGUUUUCGGAUACCUCCUGCCUCUCACUUUGAUAUCUGUCUGCUACGCAAAGGUUGUAAACCAUCUGCACAAAAAGCUGAAGAAUGUUUCCAAAAAAUCUGAGCUCUCCAAAAAGAAGACUGCCCAGACAGUCCUGGUGGUGGUCGUGGUCUUCUGUCUGUCUUGGCUGCCUCACCACAUCGUCCACCUGUGGGUGGAGUUUGGCUCUUUCCCCCUGAACCAGGCCUCCUUCUGGUUCAGGAUGAUGGCUCACUGCUUGGCCUACAGCAACUCCUCCGUCAACCCCAUCAUCUACGCUUUCCUGUCUGAGAACUUCAGGAACUCCUACAAGCAGGUUUUCUGGUGCCGGGUGUCCAGCAAGUAUCCCAGGAACGACACCAGGGAGCUCCGCAGCAGGAUGGAGACGGCACCGUCCACAAACAUCAGUGUGACUUACAAAGCUCAUGACUCUCAGACCAGUAAAAUGCUCUAAUGUUGCUGGUGUUGAGAGCAAUGCAUAUAUUGAUAUUUGAGAUUAAAAAAAUUACUUUACUGAUAUAUUAUAUAUUUAUUUUCUUUUUUUAAAACAUACUGUAAACAGCUGUGCUUGUAUUGGAGCUCUAUCAAACUCAAUAACAUUACCUAUUGCUCAUUUUUUACCACACAUUUAAAAUAUUUGAUGAAUAAGGUACUCCGGAUGUAGGUGUAAGUGGCAGGCCUGUCUCCACGGGAGACUCUGUCAGGUACAAUAUGAGCUCUAAGAAAGAUGAAGAUAAAAGCUUAAAUUCAUGUUUGCACGUCCAAAUUCUUCUGUCCACAAACAGUCCUUUUAGAGCCCGACUUGGUUUUGUCAUCAAACUCUCAGAUAGCCAAUAAAAGUAUUUUCCAAAAUGUUGAACUAUUACUUUACAACUUAAAACUUGUCAGUGCCCUCUAGUGGAUAACUUAUGUAAUAUGUAGCUGCUUCUAAAUGUCUGUACGGAAAUGUCCUUCCUAUCGCCAGAACAAAACACACAUGUAAUGGGAGAUUUUCAGAGCAUUACUUUUAAUGCCAGAGUUUAUUAUUUUAAAUGAUUGCUUUCUACAAUAUAGCAACUGGUGACUUAAAGGAGAACAUCAUCAUUGAUCAUUAAUUACUCACCGUGUUACCUUGAUUUCGUGAGUUAUUCGCAUGCCUCCUCAGUGAGCGAAGAACAGUCUCACGCUUCGUUUUAAAUUGUCAGGUUUUAGCAAAAAUUCAUGUGUUUGAGAAGUAGUGAGUUUACGACUGGAGAAAUUAGAUUUGGAUUAUACUGCAGGAGUUGUAUGAAGAUUUGUCAACAGAUGUUUUGAUACAGUAUAUAACUAACUGUAACCACGUUUUCCUCAAGAACUCAAGAUAACACAGGGGGACCAAAUGAUAAUGUUGGGGGUGACGUAGCAAAGAAAAUGAGUGGAUGCAUCCACAG